AUGAAGGAACUGUACGCUCUUCUCAACGAUGAGAAGCACAGUGACUUCAUUAAUCAACAUCUCGCUGAACAGGGUAUUGAAUGGAAGUUCAUUCCCCCUGUCUCUCCUCACUGCGGUGGCAUCUGGGAAGCUGCCGUCAAAUCUUGCAAGCACCACAUGAAGAGGGUCAUCGGAAACGAGUUGUUAACUUAUCAACAGCUCAAUACACUGUGCAUCAAAAUUGAAGGAAUCCUCAAUUCCCGACCUCUAACUCCAUUAUCAUCGGACCCCAACGACUUCACCGCACUCACACCUGCUCACUUCCUGCAUGGAGACAUCAGCACUGAUCUCCCUGCGCCAGAUUGGACAGAGACACCCAGCAAUCGUCUCUCCUACUGGCAACACCUGGAGAAAAUUAAACAACACUUCUGGAACCGAUGGCACAGAGAAUACCUCUCUGAGCUCAACGUUCGUCACAAAUGGACGUCAGGACAUCAUGACAUCAGCAUUGGAUCGCUGGUGCUCCUACGUGAUGACAAUCUACCUCCACUCAAAUGGCGCCUGGGUCGCGUCAUUGAAACCUAUCCAUCAGACGACAACAUCAUCAGAAAGGUCAAGGUUCGAACCUCUACUGGAGAAGUAGAUCGAAAUGUUCGACGCUUGGCACCACUGCCCAUAGACCACAACUCCAAUGAGUAA